AUGGAUCACAGCGGCCAUACCGGAAUGGACAUGUCGUCCAUCACCAGCACCAUCGCCGACAUGACCAUGGGCGCAACCGCCACCGUCAUGAACAUGGCCACCUCAACAGCCACAGACAGCAGCUCGACCAUGGACCACUCCAGCAUGUCCGGCGACGACAGCAUGAGCAUGGGCGGCUGCAAGAUCAACAUGAUGCUCAACUACUACACCAUCGACGCCUGCUUCAUCAGCGAGGACUGGAAGAUCACCUCCCAGGGCAUGUUCGCCGGCUCCUGCAUCGGCGUCGUCUGCCUCGCCGUGUUCCUCGAGUUCCUCCGCCGCGCCGUCAAGGAGUACGACAGACUGCUCGUCAAGCAGCACAUCGCCAAGCACGAGGCCGCCAGCGCCGGCUCCGGCUCGAAGGACAGCGCGGCCCCCGCGUCCACCGCCAUCCCCCCGUUCAGGCCAAACUUCUGGCAACAGGCAGUCCGCGCCAUUCUGCACACUGCUCAGUUUACCGUCGCCUACUUCAUUAUGCUUCUUGCCAUGUACUACAACGUAUACAUCCUCGUUUCCAUCUUCCUCGGUAUCCUCGUCGGAAGCUACUUCUUCCAAUACGAGACCCUUGACUUUGCUCAACAAAAUGGGGCCCGAGAGCCCACCGUAUGCUGCGGAUAG